AUGCCGCUAUUUUCCCGUUCCUCCGAAAGGAUCACCAAGUCCAAGUUACACCCCUUCUCAUUGCGUAAACAUCGUCAUCAUUAUUCAGACGCAGAUAUUAACACGACCUCCUCUAUUACCAGUAGCACUAGUCAUAAUAGUCAUCACUUGGACAGGAGACCACGACGACAGACACAACAAAGUCCAACAUCUGACCAGACGAUUGUUUCACCAUCGGUUCCUCCAGAAAUUGCAGUCAUUGCUACGAAAAAAACACUCCAAGUGCCACCACCAUCAAACUUGUCGUCAUCUGUCUGUUCGUCAGCUUCGACGCUUCGUAGUACGAGUCCCAAUAUUCACGAGAACUUUUUUGGUGGAGAAAACGAUACAGAGAUUUUGGAGGAAUCAGAGACGCGAGACUCUGUUGUCACGCCAUCCCAGUGUCGUAUACCUAGUAUGCGUAACAGUCGACAAAGUGCUUCAACCGGAAAAUUUUCAUCGUGUAGCAGCCGCAACAGUUUGGCCGAGUACCGUCAACUUCAAUGCUCAAUGACAUACAAGAACCGCGUCAAUAGCGAUAGUUUUCGAGCGACUAGCACCACUUCUAGCUCUAGCGAGUCCGGCAUGAGUGACCGAAUGAGUGACAUACGGACAUCAUUAUUAGAUGGAUUCCGUGUCACGAACGCAUCGGUACGAUCGUCUGAGACACAUAGUUUGCUCAAUGCAAGGAUUUCCGAGUCGUCCAAGCCCAUUUUGUCGGCAGUACUACCUUCCGUGCAUGAAUCUCCUUCAACUUCUUCUUCAGCUGCUCGAUUUUCAGACAUGUCGACUUUGUCGGAUACUGCAAAAUUGACAGAAGCCAGUGUUGCUGCUUUGCAAACGCGCCGCGCUUUCCAACAAAUGGUCUUGGCGAUGGAAGACGAGGAUUCAGGUGAUGAGUAUGAGUCGGACGGUGAUGCGUGGAGAAAUAGCAACAUCGAGAGCUCUCACGGUAGCUCUAAUGUGGUGCGCCUUAGUGCAGAUGAUUACAGGAAAUUCCAGUUCCGUCUUCGACAGCUUGAGGAGCUAGCAGCAGAGCAGUCUAGGAAACAGGCAGAUAUGGAGCAGACCAUUGAACAGGAGGUACAAGCGCGGACCCAAAAGGUGAUAGAGGCGAUGGAGAAGCAGAUUAGCAUGUAUAAACAGGCGAAGGAGCUUGAGUGCGAGCGGGAAGUCCAGCGAAGAGUUGUCGAGCACUUGGAAAAGCCGAGAGCUAGUGCCAACCAAGCUAGUAUUCAGCGCAGAUCAUUGUCGACGAACGGAUUGCAUUCGAGCAAUAGCGUUAGUAGCUUCCGUGAGAGCCAUAAUAUUUCUGCCAGUAUGAAGGAAGAGGGCAAUUCACUGGAGAAGUUAUUGCACCCGCGACGUUCCCGAAAGCGUUUGGAGCAGAUGAAAAAGCGUGAGGAAGCUCAGAAACGUGAGAUGGAGCAAUUCCGGGAGUUUAUCCGCACUACCGAGAUGCGUAUAACACAAGCUCAAGGUAUGGACGGUGUCUUGUCAGGUGUACAGUUGGAGAGGGCCAGGAAUAAACUGGACGAGCUAGCAGACCCAUUGCUGCCGUUGUCACUGCUGCAGUCGUCACCACUGGAGCUUGUUGAGCUCGUGUGUGUCCUUUUCAAGAACGGACGUGAGCAGGAGAAACAAAUAAAAGAGGCUAAGAAGCUCGUUACCGCUGCGAUCGAAGCGCGAGAAGAUGCCGAAACUACGGCACGUGAAGCCGUGGAGUGUACACUGAUGCUAGAUGCAAGGUUAGAUCGUGCAAUGCGUCAUGAAAGGAAGCUAGUGUCACAAGCACGUAAGCUUUCAGCAGCCAGUGAGUUCCGACACACCCGUGAGUUUCGCUGUGAUAGUGCAGCGUCUUUAGACUGGCCCCUUGGCACACCAUCAUCAUCAUCAUCAAUGCUUGAGUAA